CCCCAAUACAAACACAGGCGCGCGAUGCUAAGUCGAUGUUGCAAGCGGGUUGAAGUCCACCAACAGAGUAAUUAUGUUCUAGUGUUGAACAACAUUUGCGUUGACUUUGUAUUUUUCGAGCUGACCAUCAAGGACGACAACCAUGUUGCGUUUGUUCCUAGUGACGUUGGUUCUACCCUCUCUAUGCAGGACGUUCGGCGCCAAGGACGAUCAUCUCAGCUGCCGGCCGCUGACCGCCUCUUUCUGCCGAAACGUGGGCUACGGCACCAGCCGGUACCCGGCCGGCGUGCAGGGCUUUAGCGUACAGCAAUUGAGUCAGAUCGUGGAGUCGGGCUGCUCACCAAACGCCGCCGUUCUCCUGUGCCGCGUGGCCUUCCCAGAAUGCUCGGAUGACGACGCCCGCGCGAAGCCGUGCAGGGCCUUGUGCCACAAGGUGAAGAGCGAGUGUGAUGCCACCCUCAGAGCCAAACGGCUGGCCUGGCCGAGCAAGCUGCAGUGUGAUGCUUUGCCUGAAUCCAACUGUGUGCAGACUCAACAACAACCAUCGUCCUCUCUUGCCGAUCCAGCCAGAGCAUGUCAGACCAUCACAGUUCCUUUGUGCAAAAACCUACGGUACAGCCAGACGAUCAUGCCCAACGCAUUGGGUCAUGCCACACAGGAUGAAGCAGGCCUGGAGGCGCACCAGUUCUUCCCUCUGGUCAAGGUCCAGUGCUCGCCACAGCUCAAGUCCUUCCUGUGCUCCGUCUACGUUCCCGAGUGCAGGGCGGGAAAUCCUUGGCCUCCGUGCAGAACUCAGUGCGAGCAGGCCCGCGCCGGAUGCGAAUCCCUGAUGAACAAGUUUGGCUUCCUCUGGCCGGAAAGUCUGAAUUGUGAAAAAUUUUCGACAUAUUCCUGUGAGCAGGAACCCGACACCAUUCCUGAGACGAUGCCGACGACAGGAACGUGCGAGAGCAUCAGGGAGCCUCUGUGCAAAGAUCUCCCGUACACAGAGACCAUCAUGCCCAAUAUUCUGGGUCACAAGACACAGGAGGACGUCAGCGUGCAGGUCAACGCUUACUACAGCUUGGUCAACCUGGGAUGCUCACCCCACCUCAAGACCUUCCUGUGCUCUGUCCUGACCCCUGAAUGCAAGUCGGGAAAAGCCCGGUUGCCUUGCAGGACCUUGUGCGAGCUCGUCCGCUCCAGCUGCGAGCCGCUGCUCAGAGAAUUUGGCUACGUUUGGCCCGAUUCGCUCAAAUGCGAUGCUUUCACCACUGCGUCAUGCCAGCACUUUGGCGUGGGUGAGGGCGGCGGUAUCUGCGAGCCCCUCACCAUCCCCAUGUGUCAAGGCCUAUCCUACAACCAGACCCUGACUCCCAACCAGCUGGGCCACGCCAGCCAGCGCGACGCCGCCGCCAAGAUGUCCUUCUUCCACUCCGUCGCGCAGACCGCCUGCUCGGCCAACAUCCGCCCCUUCCUGUGCGCCGCUUACGCCCCGCGGUGCUCGUACGGCCAGGUCCGCCGCCCCUGCCGCAGCUUCUGCCAGAAGGCCCGCGACAGCUGCGAAUCGCGCUUGGGACGGUACGGAGUCUCCUGGCCCCAAGAGCUGCACUGUGACGCCUUCCCGCUACAUGCCUGUGUCAGCGAGGACAACAGGUCAGAGAUGUUGAAUGCUGAGGGCCUGGUGGCCAGGCUGCAGGCUGGAGGCCACUCGGUUCGCGGAAAAUCGCUGACCCUCAGGACUGCGCGCUUGCUCGUGACACUGGCAGAUGCAGACAAAUCUGGUGAUCUGGACGUCGCUGAGUUCUUCCAGCUGGACCACUAUGUGGCAGCCGCCAGACGGGACUUCCUGGACAGCUACGAGAAGAGGCAGCCGCCUUCUUUCACUCAAGUGAACAUGAACGAGGCCCUUACCUUGCGGGGGUUCGAGUUGGAUAAGGACAGCUUAAGGACACUGUGGUUGGAGUACAACACCCAAGGGUCACUGGACUAUGACAGCUUCAUUGCUUUGCUCACGCGAAUGCAAAUCCUGAAAGGUCGUUUCCAAACGCACCUCCUCAGUUUGCCAUGUGACUGCCAAGUGGCCAGCUUCUCUUUCAAACAGGUGUGUUUACUCUCACAAGACACCGCAUUAGAUACACAAGUCAAAGAUCCUUUCCAAAGAUCGUCUUCACUUGAUAUGUCCACUUCUGAUGUUAGCUUCCAAUGUUACCGCUACGUUAGCGCUCGGCGAGACCAAAGUUAGCACCGAUGUUAGCUUUCAAUGUUGGCUUCGAAUGAAAGCUUCCGACAGAUUCCAAAGUUGGCUUCCAAUGUAAUGCAAGUUUUCAGUUUUAGAUUCCAAGGUUGGCUUCAACAUUAGAUUCCAACACUUCAACAUUACAAUUAACUAUAGCUUCAAAUAUUAUUCUCAGAGAUUCUCUUCCAAUGUUGUUUCUGGCAUUACAAUCUUAAAUUAGCUUCCAAAGAUCCCCAUAAAUGAAGCUUCCAAAGGUAACUUCCGUAGUUAGCAUCCAACAUUACUUCAAAUAAUACCUUCCAAUGUUAGCUUCUAUCGCUACUUAUCGUUAAAACUUUAAGACCACUGUUAGCUCUCGUAGUUACCUCUAACUUUAGCUUAAAUAUUAAUUGACAUUUCUGUUCUAUAUGUGGACUUUGAGACGUAUUCAUGAAACAACAUCUUUACAGGUGCAGAUUUUGAGUUAGCACGCACGCGGAUCAAAUUCGAUUGUGUACCUGAUGUAGUGUGUUUGUAACCUAAUGUUUCCCUCAACUAGCCAAUGCAUCAGUUAAACAAAUGUUCUUUUUUUCAUGCAUCACUCUGACUUGUAAUACUCCAUGUUACAAGUAUUUGUUUUUAUAUCAAUCUAUUUAAUUUGCCUUCCAGUUCAUGAAAUCUGCUGUCGUCUGAGGACCAACUUGAACCGACAAGUUUCAUAGCACCUUUUCUACAUUACAAUUUAAUACAUAAAUGAGUGUAAAUCUUGAUAAACAAUGUAAAAAUACAUUGAUGGUGCUCAGUAAUGCGUUAAUGUUAA